CGCCCAGCCCCGCCCCGCGGGCUCCGCAGGCGCUGCCCACCCCACGAAGCGGGCGGCGCGCAGAGGCUACAAGUGCUGCGGCUGGUGAGCAGGGUACUUUCCCGAGGAGCGGCUCAGGGACUAGCGCGCGGUGCUCGAGGCUCGCUGGGUGGCCAAGGCAGGAGACUCUCUGGAAGCUGCUGGGGGAUGUCUGACUAGCUCGAAUGGAGCUCCACUACCUUGUUAAGAAAAGCAGCCAGGCAGCCCCGUGUGAUGCUGCUGACUGGAGUUCAAGAGGGCCUCCCGGGGACCAGGCAGAUGCAGCAGCCACCAGAGCUGCUCUCUGCUGCCAGAGACGUUGUACCUCGAAGCCAAGAGCGUUGGAGAUGGGAGCAUCUAAACUUAGCCCUUCCCCAGCAUCCCCUUCCCCCUCCCUGCAAGACAGGGCUAGUCACACAGACUCGCUGCCACCAGGACCUCUCAACUCAGGGAACAACCAGAUAACAGCAGAACAGAAAGUCUGCAACUGCUGCAGCCAGGAAUUAGAAACCUCUUUUACCUACGUGGACGAGAAUGUCAACCUGGAGCAAAGGAACAGGCGCUCCCCUUCAGCAAAAGGGAGUGAUCACCUGGGAGACCUCGGCUGGGGAAAUCCAAAUGAGUGGUCCCACGAGUCUGCCAUAUCCCUGAUUUCCGAAGAUGAAGAUGAUGCCAGCUCGGAAGCCACCUCUUCAGGGAAGUCAGUAGACUAUGGUUUCAUAAGCGCCAUCUUGUUCUUGGUCACUGGUAUCUUGCUGGUGAUCAUCUCGUACAUUGUCCCACGGGAUGUGACUGUGGAUCCCAACACUGUGGCGGCCCGGGAGAUGGAACGCCUGGAGAAGGAGAGCGCGAGGCUGGGGGCUCACCUGGACCGCUGUGUGAUUGCCGGACUCUGCCUGCUCACGCUUGGGGGGGUCGUUCUGUCCUGCUUGCUGAUGAUGUCCAUGUGGAAGGGGGAGCUAUACCGUCGUGACAGGUUUGCCUCCUCUAAAGAGUCUGCGAAACUCUACGGUUCCUUCAACUUCAGGAUGAAAACAAGCACUAACGAAAACACCCUGGAACUGUCGCUGGUGGAGGAAGAUGCUCUCGCUGUACAGAGUUAAUUCUGGUUGUGAACUUCUUGAGAGUCUGCCUUGGUAUUUUAUAUGAACAAAACAAAGCAAAACACAUUUCUUAAAAUUACUAGUGCAGUUUAUUUGCCUGGCAAGAAAAGUUUGUUUCCCAAACCAACAGCCAGUGAGAGUUUUUGCUCUUGUAUUUUUUAUUUAGAAGAAAAGCCAUGUAAGACGCAUUAAGAACCCACAGCCAGCUCCACUGGUCCUUCUAAAGAGCUGAGACUAAUCUGUAAUGGCCACCUGCUUCUAUUAAUACUUCUAUAGCAAAAUAUUUCUAACAAUUCAGUGUUCAAAUGAUUUCUUUUACAUGAUACGGGAUGUUUUUCUUUAGACACUAGAAGGUAUAGAACCAAUUCGUAACCUGUUUUGUGAAAAAGAAUGUAAGCACUAAUCAUAUAAGGCUUACAGUUAAUUCUCAAAGGUGCUUAUCCAUUUUCUUACUCAACUUAUUCUUUCUGUAAUUUGGCUAAACAUUAAAAUAUGCGGUUUUGACUUUGAAUAUUUUGAAGCUUGAAGAUACUGAUUAUUAAAACAUGCAAAAAUACAUAUGUUAUUUUCAAAAGUAUUCCUGUACUCAAAAGUGGUAAUUAAGUCAUUAGAAUAAACUUUCUAAUAAAAUUAUAUAAAUCAGCCAAUCUGAAUUUAACCCAGAAUGGUAGUUCCAGAUAUUAGCCAGCGUCACAUGCCCGUUUUCUAGAUAAGUAAAAUUAAUUGCUAAUAUA